AAGUGCAUAUGACUUCGAGAAACAAGUCGGAAACACAAAAGAACUUAAAGUAAGUGGACGUAAGAAGACAGGAAAGUUUUACAAAUGCGUGCUUUUAACUUUCCAUGGAGAUGUUUUUGUGGAUUGUUUUAUAUGGGAAACGCAGGAACACCUACGGUUGAAGUGAACGGAAAGUAGUUUUUUCUUCAUUGAUUGUGUAGUCGACUCAGAUCUCUCCCUUUUCUUAUGCUGUUGUGGUUUUUCUGCUGUAUUCGGAAUGUAGGUUUUCUUUCCUUUUUUUCUUUGAAAGUAGAGGGGUGUUUUCUCGUCUUUGUUGCUCCUUUCGGUGAUUGGUACUCUUCGUUGUCAUCGAUUUUAUGCCUUUUUUAACAUCCUCUCUCCAUUUCCUAAUCUCUUCUCUUUUCGUUUUUUCUCCUCUUUCUUUCUAAUCUCUUCACGCCUCUUUAAUUCUCUUUUCUUGUGCCUUCUAGUAUUUUGACUUCGCUUCUCCCAAUUCUUCCAACCCGAUUAUAUCUAAGUGCACUUUCUGAUACUCUGUUUCCAGAUAAACUUACUUUGAUUUAUUAAGAUUAAAAUCUUAAAAGACGCAAACAUGAGACUAGCUUGUAUCAUUGUUGUACUGUGUUCCUCCACCGCCUACGUCACCGGUCGAUCCCACUGCGUUGGCACCUGUUACUCUGGAGGACUUUUCCCAGAGCCUCAAGACAUCUAUUAUGGUAAACACCUCAACGGAAUCCACUCGUACAAUAACAUUACCACUGAUAGUCCAGUCAAGUGCUACUCAUCUUGUGUCCAAGAUUGCCGUUGUAAGGCGUGCCAGAUGAAAGAUAAGAGAUGUGAGUUGCUGGAUGAGGACAAGACGUCCAAGAACAAUGAUUUUGUUUCCAAGGAAGGAUAUUUGUACUUUGACCUCCGACAAACAAUAUACCAAGGGGAAUCCCACAUGCUACCGUUGGAUGUUUCGUGUUAUAAUGGCUGCUGUCGAUCCCAGCCUUGUAUGAACGGAGGAACAUGCACAGAACACUGCCACACUCCUAAAGAGAAGUUCACAUGUAAAUGCAGUUCUGAUUAUAGCGGCAAGGUAUGCGAAAAGAAACUUGCUUUUUCUUGUAUGGAUAUCAUGUCCAAUUCAAGCACGGUUCCUAGAGACGGUGUGUAUAUGAUAGCGUUGCCAUAUCGCAAAAACGUUGAGGUCCCGGUUUAUUGUUCUUUCGUCAGUCCCAACCAGGCAUGGAUUUUGAUCGAGUCGUUUUCAUUCCAAAGCAAAUCUAUAUUUGAACGCAAGCCAUUUUACAUGAGCCAUUCUGUAAAUUAUAACAGCCCUCCAAAGUGGAAUAAUUUCCGUAUGGGAUUAAUAAGAAUGAAACAUUUCAAGUCUAUAUCCACAUUGUUCAGGGCUACUUGUGACUUCCCAAAUCGAGCGUCAUUGACUCCAGAUCUUCUUAUUGGUGCCUUGAGCGACGUGGAUAUCUUAAACGACAGGAUUAGCAGUGAAUGCAAAAGAUACAAGUUUAUUGACAUCAGAGGAUACAAUUGUACAGACUGCACGGCUUCCACGACGCACGGGUUAAGUCAUGAUUUUCAUUUUCACCUUGAUGUCACAUGGAAUCAUCCGUGCGACUUUAAUCCUCCGAGUAAAAACAAUGUCGACAGCUUUGGCUAUUACGAUACCGUUGAUGAUAACCAAUAUGGUAUGUCAACAUGCACUGCAACACCUACAUCGACCACACAGUGGUGGUUUGGACAGGAAUUGUAACACAUGGUAUCAAAGUCCAGGCACAUAGAAUUAAAGGCAGUCGUUGACUGCAUGUGGCUAGCUGUUAAAUCGUUUGAACAUGUGAAGGAAAUCUAUGUUAAAUUGAUGGAUAUGGCUGAAAUCAAAAAUCGAAGAAAAAUAAACGAUGUAUGGUAACUCAAUUCAGAGGGAAUUUCAUCGCUAAACUACUUCGAGCUUUAGGCUCUUCCCGGCGAAUAUGAAUUACAUAUGCAUAGAUGAGAGAACUAAUUUAACGAGCCACUUGGCACUCAGUCAACUGCAUGAGACUUACACAGGAAGCCAUGCCAUGCACUAUCUUAUGGUGACGUAAUUUCGGGUUCCCUGUGCUGUUUAUACUCACUCAGUCACGAACUCAGCACCAUAGCUAAGUGGCUAGACUAUAGCGGCCUCUUCCAGAGCCACAACAAAUACUAAAUGAUUCGCACCUUCCUCGAACAUAUUACAACAAUUGAAACUAUAAGUAGCGCAAGGAAUUCAUCUACAACAAUUAAGCUUCCACAAAAAGUAAUACGAAGUGAAUUGAAAAUGUUCUUGUACUCACCACUACGGAGAUUCGGAUGGCACAUAUGUAAGUCUUUGCAUGUUUUGGCAGGGAAGUUCUUGGAGCCUGUUGGUCGCUUGAAGCUCUGGAUCUCGUAACUUAGAGUCACAAUGUCACCGAAAAGAUCGGUGUUCUAAAAAAAACAAAAAAAUCUUUUAUUCUUCGUUUGCAGGU